CGCAAGUCAGAGGACAGACAAAAAGAUGAUGAAGCAAAUACAUUAAUUAUCCUGUUAGGCUUAAUGUACACACAUUAACUUUAUUGAUGAUUUUCUACGUUUUAAAAUUAUAGUUAAAAUAUUGUUUUAUUAUUUCACUUCUAAUAAAAGCGAAACAAGAUGGCAUGACCUUACCGCAUAUCAGAGACGCAAGUGACAUCUGUCAUGAGUAAGUGAAUCGCGUAGAGAGUUGCGGGCAUGAAUACUAUAGGAGUCUCCUUUUUGGAUCCCUUGGAUGACUAUGAGAUUAUUAAUCGGAUCGGGAGUGGCACAUACGGAGAUGUCUUUAAGGCUAGAAACAUCAAGAGCUCAGUAAUGGCUGCUAUCAAAAUGGUUAAACUGGAUCCAGGUGAUGACAUCACUACCAUCCAACAGGAAAUAACAAUGAUGAAAGAGUGUAAACAUAAAAACAUAGUGGCCUAUUAUGGCACCUACCACAGGAACACUAAGCUGUGGAUAUGCAUGGAAUAUUGUGGGGGAGGAUCAUUGCAGGAUAUCUAUCAAGUAACUGGCCCUUUGAAGGAAAAACAGAUUGCUUACAUCAGCAGGGAAACACUCCAGGGUUUGAACCAUCUCCAUGAAACAGGCAAAAUACACAGAGACAUUAAGGGAGCUAAUAUUCUCCUCACUGAACGAGGAGAUGUCAAAUUGGCUGAUUUUGGGGUUGCAGCCGAGAUCAGUGCCUCUGUUUCCAAGAGGAAGUCCUUCAUAGGAACUCCCUACUGGAUGGCCCCUGAGGUGGCAGCAGUGGAAAAGAAGGGUGGCUAUAAUCAUCUGUGUGAUAUCUGGGCAGUGGGCAUCACAGGCAUCGAGCUGGCAGAGCUACAGCCACCCAUGUUUGACCUUCAUCCCAUGCGAGCUCUGAUGUUGAUGUCUAAGAGCAGCUUCCAGCCUCCCAAACUCAAAGACAAGAGCAAAUGGUCUGCAGGUUUUCAUAGCUUUGUGAAGAUGUGUUUGAUCAAAAGUCCUCGCAAGAGGCCGACUGCAGAAACAUUACUCCAGCAUUCCUUUGUAACACAGUUACUGACUAGAAAAUUGAUGACUGAGCUGCUGGAUUUGUCAAAUAACCCAGACAUUCACCAUUGCGCCAGCUUUGAUGAGAAUGAAGAGACAAAUGAUACAGCCCCAGAUAAAAUACAGUCUAAAGGAAAGCAUAUGCCAGUGGAGAGGAGUUUAUCCGAAGAACAAUUUGACCUGGUCAAGUUUACCCCUCCAAGGAGAAAAGAGACUGAACCCUACCCUGACCUGGGGUCUUGUGAUGAUUGGAGCAUAUCUGGAGAUGAACCAGAGUCACCGGGUCUGCUGCAGAGUGUGGAGGAGGAAUUGCAUAGGAGUUUGACAGUUAAAAGGCUGUCUUCAUUUGAGUGGAGUAAAAGGAAGAGUGGACUGUUCAGCCCACCACUCGUCACUGCUACGGCAUCACUUCCUCCCAAGAGAUCUUUAGACUCCGAUCUGGAGGACAAAGACCUGAUGCUUCGACCAAGUGCUACUCUGUGCCCUGACACUGUACCAAAAUCUGUGCUGUUAAGGAUUUCAGGCAGUCAGGAUGUGCGGCAGUGGUGCAGUGACCCUUGUGUUCCUGAUGGGAAAGAUACACAGGAUCAACAGAGGACUCUUACAAGAACUCUCAGCAGAGACAUGCCUCUCUCUCCAGAGUGGAGCACCAUGAGAAAGAAAAUGGAAGACUCUAGAGCUGAUUCUCAUGGACUUCCUCCCACUCCCCAAGUCUAUAUGGGAGCCUGUUUUACCAAAGUCUUUAAUGGAUGCCCAUUGAAAAUUAACUGUGCUGAGACAUGGGUUUUUCCUAAAACUAGAGAUCAGUAUCUAAUUUUGGGGGCUGAGGAGGGUGUCUACAUUCUUAACUUAAAUGAGCUUCAUGAAGACACCUUAGAAAAGUUGCUUCCACAGAGGUGCACUUGGCUUUAUGUCAUGAACAAUAUCUUAAUGUCCAUCUCUGGGAAGUCAUCUCAGCUCUACUCUCAUAGAUUAAUGGCUCUGUUUGAGCAACGUGGGCACUUGCAGAGGAAACAGAGUCACUUGUCUCUCGGCACCAACCGGUUCACAGAUCGGAUCAUCCACAGGAAAUUUGCUGUGUCUGUGAAAAUCCCAGACACUAAGGGCUGUCGAAAGUGCAGUGUAGCUCGUAAUCCAUACACAGACAGUACAUUCCUAUGCGCUGCUGUUCCCUCUGGACUUGUUCUGCUUUUGUGGUAUGAACCUCUGCAGAAGUUCAUGCACCUGAAGCACAUAGCGGUGCCCCUUCCAGACCCGUUGCCCAUCUUUGAGCUUCUUGUGUUAAUGACCGAUGAGCUUCCUCAGCUCUGUGUGGGUGUAUGGGAAUGUCCCCUUAGAAAUUAUGAUCAGCAAAAUGAGCAACAGCUAAAGUUUGACAUUAUCCACCUAAAUGGCAUGCCAAACCCUCAGGCAGACAGUGAGCCAAUAAGGGCUGUACAAGUUACACAGCUGGAUAGAGACACAGUCUUGAUCGCACUGGAAAAAACAGUGAAAAUUGUCAAUAUGCAGGGUGUCCCGAGCAAGGAGUUAGCAUCUGAAUUGGAGUUUAACUUCCCUAUUGAGACUUUAGUUUGUUUAGAAGAAACUUUUUUAGCAUUCUGGAAACAUGGGCUUAAAGGGUGCAGUCUUCACAACUGUGAGACAACACAGGAAAUCACAGACGAAAGCAGAGUGUUUAAAGUUUUAGGCACACACAGAGACAUUGUUUUACAAAGCACCCCGACUGAAAACCCUUCAGCCACUAGUAAUUUAUACAUUUUGACUGGCCACGAGAGCAGCUACUGAGGAAAUCCCAGAGGACCACGGGUGUAAAAAGUACUCAGUAAUUAUACUUAAGUGAAAGUAUGGAUGCUGAGUAAAAUUGUUACUAAAUUAAAACACCAAGUAUGCAGCCAAAAACAUUCUUGAGUGAAAGUAAAAAAUUAUUCACAGUAAAUUGUACUUAAAUAUUAAAAAAUUUACUUUUUUCCAAGCUAGAAUGAAAUCAAGAGAGGAGAUUGUGUGAGAGAGGAUGUUGGAUGACUGGUUUGUUAAGUCACCUUUGUACUGUAACCGAAGACUGUCAUAUUUCUCCCCCAGUGGCAUUUGCAACCUUGUGAUAUAAUAACAAAAUGUAUGCAAAAUAAUUUGUAUGUGGCCUGUUGUAAGAAAUACUGCAAUUUCCUGGUGGAUUGAACACUAGAGGCGCUAAAACAACAAUUAAUUUUAUACCCAUUCAUUAAAAUCACAAGUAAAACAGCAGAUUAUCAGUUCAUAAACACAAACUUCUCACUCUGUUCCUCGCACAAUGCUAUCUUAUGAACUCAAAGCACUUUUAGUCUAGCGCAUGACGAAUUUUAAGUUUGUAUUACAUAAACAACUACAUUUACAAAGCGAUACAAAGGACUGGGGUACGAGUCCUGAUGAGCACGCGAGUGGACAUGUAAGCCGAAAAUGUCAUAGAAGCACCAGAAAAAUACAUGGUUGCUUCAGAAUUAGUUUUUCAUCUCACAUUUGCUUUUUCUGACUCUAUUGGAUAGGUUUAGGUUUAAGGUUUAGGGUAGGGAGGUAGGUAGGUUUUGUUGAUUUAAAUCUUGAUAGAACAUUAAAAACCUCAAGACCUUUAAGGUUAAAAACCUCAUCUGUUCGGGAGAACAUGUCACUCUUUUUUAACACCACACAGUGGACGUUUCAUUUCGGAACUGCCCUGAGACUUGGAAUGUAAUUUUUUUGGGCAAAAAUGUUGCCAGUCAUGCAAUGUUCAUUGCAUGGGAGAAUGCACCCACGAAUUGUGAUGUCAGAGCCCCCAGCCCCUUGAGACAUAGAGAAAGAUAAAAAACAUUCAAAACAUUCUUCUUUGAAGAAAGCAACAUUCUUUGAAUAAUUGUUUUCUGAGGUUUGCUACCAAACCUUGCUGUUGAGCAGAUGAAUUCAAUGAAAUUCAUAAUUAAAAACACCCAAACACUUUUUUAUCCCCUUUUCUCCCAAUUUGGGAUGCCCAAUUUCCACUACUUAGUAGGUUCUCGUGGUGGUGCGGUUACUCGCCUCAAUCCAGGUGGUGAAGGACAAGCCUCAGUUGCCUCCGAUUCUGAGACAGUCAAUCCGCUCAUCUUAUCACGUGGCUCGUUGUGCAUGAAAUGUGACACUCCACAUGUGGAGGCUCAUGCUACUCUCCACGAUCCACGCACAACUUACCACAUGCCCCAUUGAGAGCAAGAACCCAUAAUCACAACCACGAAGAGGUUGCCCCAUGUGACUCUACCACCCCAAGCAACCAGGCCAAUUUGGUUGCUUAGAAAAACCUGGCUGGAGUCACUCAACACAUCCUGGAUUCAUAGGUGCUUGCUAACAGCACUUGCCCCUACAGUCUGUUAAGGCUAAAUGGGGGAUCUUUGUGUAUAUAUGUGUGUGUGUGUGUGUGUGUAUAUAUAUAUAUAUAUAUAUAUAUAUAUAUAUAUAUAUAUAUAUAUGUGUGUGUGUGUGUUUAUAUACAUCACUCUGAACUAUAUAAACAUCACUUCGUGCUCAUAUUUUUUAAUGAAUACAUUGCAUUCAGUCGGGCGGUCACAUAUGGUCUUGUCGCACAAAUAUUUCAUCCUAUCCAAAGCUCAAAUCAGAUCCGAAAUUACGCCUCUGCAGAUGGUCGGAACUCUAUACAGCUGCUGUGUGACACUGUAUUCGAAAAGACUGACCUCUUGUAUGUCAUCUGUCGUUUGUCGGAUGCAGUGAAAAGGUGGCAAAAUUGCAAUGAGUACUUUUCAAGUUAGAAUAAAAUUGUAAGGAGGAAAAGGAGUUUUUUGGGGGGAAAUGUUAUUAAGUAAAAGUGCAAGUAUUCCGUUUGCACUUGAGUGCAAAUCCCAAAAAAGAAUACUUAAGGUACACAUUUUGAGGGUACAGAAAGUAAAGCCUGAUACCUUGGCACUUUUGAUUGUCCCUCUAAAGGUGUUUUUUUUUUUGUUGUUGUUGAUGUACUCUGAUAAAAUUCCUUUGUAACUCAAUGUGGAUUAAUGUGUGUUGGAUUAAGCAUCUGCCUUUAAGUUAAGAAAUAAUGUGUUAAUUUUGUAAUGAAUGGACUAUAAUAAUAAUAAACUGAUACCGUGCUGAUACAAGCUUUACCAUAUGUCUUAUUAGUCAUGUCCUUAGGCAAAGACUUUUAAGCCAGUCGGCCAUCUUUGAAAUGCUGCAGGGAAGAUAUUUCCAGUCAUGAAAGUGCAGCUCCUAUCUACUUGAAUGGGGAAAGACCGAAAUCUCCUAAAGGGUUGAUCAAGAUUAUGAUCAAAGAACAUAUUUCAAAUCAACAGUAAAACCUGACAACACUGAUAUCAUAAAAUGUGCUUCUUUACCACAGAUUACAUAAAAAGAGCCCCCCUCAAUUUUCCAGGAUUGUAUAGCUAAUGUGCAUGCUGGUUCUAGAGUUGAUUGACAGGCGAUGUCCAAAUCUAAAACAUGGCGGGAAGUGGGGAAUUCCUUUCUACAUCCGUUGACCAUUGGGCAUUUCAAUUUUUCCCAUUCAUUUUAAUAGAAAUGGCCCAUCUCUGCAAAAUAGUCUCUGCCUUAGAUUGAUUAACUUGUUCAUUAAACUGCCUUGUGACAAUACAGGGAAUGGAAGAGCAAAUGGGAUGAUUUG